AUGGCUGAAGAGAAAGAAAUUGAAAUAAAAGAAGAAAAGGAGUAAACCUAAGAGCAUCAUCAUGAUCACGACCACGACCAUGACCACGACCAUUCAGAUGAUGGUCACGAUCAUGAUAAUUAAGGGGAUGAUAAAGACAAGAAGGCCAACAGAGGAGAGAAGAAAUUCAAAAAGGCUAUGCUCAAAUUAGGAAUGAAGCCAGUUGCUGGAAUCACCAGAGUCACAAUUAAAAGAGGAAAACAAUUCCUUCUUUAUAUUGACAACCCAGAAGUAUUAAAAUCAGCAAACGUUGACAAUUCCUACAUCGUUUUUGGAGAAGCUAAAGUAAAUGACCCACAAAGUCAAAUUGGAAAGAAGGAAGCUGAUAAUUUGGCUUAACAAGUUACCAAAUAAGUCGAAGAAAAACACGAAUAAUAAUAGGCACAAAACCCAGAAUAAGUCAGCGACGAAGGUAUUCCUCCUGAGUCAAUCAAAAUGGUUAUGGAACAUUGCAAAUGUGAUAGAAGUAAAGCUGUGGAAGCACUUAGAAAAUCCGAUAAUGACACCGUUUAAGCCAUUCUCACCUUAACUGGAUGAUGAUUUAUUAUAUCUAAGUAGAUAAAUAUAGUAUAAAAUUUAACACAAAUAA